AUGGAGUUAAAGAUUUUUAGCUCCUUCCUCCCAAGGGGAAAUAUAAGCCACUGUGAAGAUGCGCCACAAAGUGAACAUGUACCAAAAGAGGAAAGCGCGCAGUCCCCCUUCGAUGACACCAAUGGAGGGAAGAACAACGACUCCAUUCUUGAUGUGAUAAAAAAAAUUCCCAUAAAUCCAUUCAUCGAUAGCAAUGAAAAUUUGAAUAAAUACAAAUACGGAGUGGAGAAAAAAGAAAUUCAAAGGUACACAGGUGUUCAAGUAUACGAAGAGGAAGAUAAAGAUCACAAAAAGAACCAACCAAUAGAUUACCCAUUUCCUGUUAGCAAAAGUGUUAUUUUCGAAAAGAACAAAGUGAACAAAUCGGAGGAUCGCAUAAACAUAAAUUAUAGUAACAUAGCCGGUGACUUAUAUCCAGAGGAAGGAUUUAAGACACCAAACAGAAAAAAGCAUUUUUCUUCAGACUGGGAAAUGCUACUAGCACAUAAUCAUGGGCUGUACAAUUUUAAAAACACAGACAAUAACACCAUUGUUAACAAAGACAUGUAUGCUUUAAAUACUGAAAAUGACAUACGAAAUAAAUUAAAUUUGUACGCGGACAGAAUAAAUGUUGAUAACCCUAAUGAUGCUUGUAAAUAUUUGGCCAUAGAGGAGUAUAAAUGCUUGCUAACUCAUUCCUUCCACAUGAACCCCGAUGUCAGCAACCAAAAGUGCGUUAAGUGGUUUAAUGAAUAUAUGCAAUGUAAGUGGGACGAGCACAAGCUAAAUCAUGGCUACAAUUACAUUGAAAAUAGGAGAAAUAAAAAAUCCAAGGCAUAUAUUGCGGCCCCCGAUUAUCAGUACUCAUAA